CUUCAUCAACUAUCUCUCAUUGCAUGCUAGUCGUACUAGUCGGCUCUCAUUCACAAACAAGAAGAUUGAUUUGUGUUAUUCGAUUCAACUGUUCACCGUUCGUUUUUUUCUUCGUUGGUGUAUUCGAUUCGUUGUCGUUGUUCGUUGCUGUCAACGCUCCGACUCGUCGUCGUCACAGAGCCGCCAUCUGCCCGCGUUUAAUUCCGAAUAAAAAAAAUCAACUCCAAACCAAAGUGAAUUGUAAAAUUUUUGUAUUUUAAAACCAAUGUGCAACGCGCUGCUCGAGUUGAGUUUGGUUUUAUCCGCGAACGGAAGAAUUACAUACACGCAAUUUGUUGCUGCUGCCGCCCUAAAGAAUAUACCUUUAUCGUAAAAAUAGGUUUUUUUUCUUUUUUUUUUUGCUAAAAAUUCUCGUCUUUCGAACGAAAGAGGAAAGUGAGUCAAUUUUUUUUUUUUUUGUCUUUGAGAAAAUAAAACCUUGAAGUGUUUUUUUCAAUCAAUUUUAUCCACGGGAUUUUAACGUGAUUUUCUUUUAGUUACAAAUUCCGUGCAUCUUCAUCAAUUUAUUUUGUAUUCCUAAAUAACAAACAAAACAAAAAAAGAAACAAAUUUCAAACACGCAUGAAAUUAACUUUUUUUGCGCAAAGACUUCUCUUGGAUUAAUCGCCGUAUUUAGUCAAUAUUCUAGUUUCAUUUAUAUUUAUAAGAUAACAAAAACAAAUUAAAACAAAAAAUGGCGGUCAUGUUGCAUGAAUUGUAUGAUUGGUACAGAGACCUACUGGACAAUCGCAGUGACCCCAGAGUAAAAGACUGGCCAUUAACUUACUCACCAUUUCCCACACUGGCACUAUGUUUAUUCUAUGUUUACUUUAGUAAAUCUCUUGCACCAAAGCUCAUGGAGAAUAGAAAACCAUUUAACCUUAGGAAAGUUUUAGUAUAUUACAAUUUAUUCCAGACGAUAUUUAGUGCGUGGAUAUUUUAUGAAUAUUUACAAAGUGGAUGGUGGGGUCACUAUAGUUUUAAGUGUCAACCUGUAGACUACUCAACCAGUCCAAUGGCGAUGCGAAUGGCUCGCACCUGUUGGUGGUACUACAUAGCUAAAUUCACAGAAUUCUUUGAUACGCUAUUUUUCAUUUUGCGCAAGAAAACGGAACACGUAUCAACAUUGCAUGUCAUUCAUCAUGGUUGCAUGCCAUUUUCAGUUUGGAUGGGCAUGAAAUUUGCACCAGGCGGCCACAGUACAUUCUUUGCGUUACUUAAUUGUUUUGUACAUAUUGUUAUGUAUUUCUAUUAUAUGAUUGCUGCAAUGGGUCCACAAUAUCAAAAAUAUAUUUGGUGGAAGAAAUACUUAACAACUUUCCAAAUGGUACAAUUUGUUGCUAUAUUCACACAUCAAUUUCAAUUGUUGUUUAGAGAAUGUGAUUAUCCUAAAGGAUUUAUGGUUUGGAUUGGUUUACAUGGAGUUAUGUUCCUAUUCCUGUUUUCGGACUUUUACAAAGCCAAAUAUACAAAUGCUGGACGUGGGGCUAAAGCAACAGCCCUCAAAGCUAAAAUGAAUGGCCAUACAAAUGGUUCGGUGUCGAAUGGAAGUGCGAAACAUGAAAUGAGUAAUGGAAGUAAUAAAGGUGCUUGUAUGCCCGUUAUGGAUGACGAUAACAGCAAUUGUACAGAAAAGACUUCAUUAAUAUCCCAAACAACAAAUGGACAUAUUGGAAAUGGAUACAAAAAUGGCUAUACCAAUGGACAUGCCUUCAAAAAUGGUGGCGCUGUAUCCUCGAAUACCAAUAUCAUAGGCGAUAGCAGUAGCUCUAGUCUGCAUCUAAGACAAGUCAAAUAACUAAAAUAUUUAUCUAGUAAACUAAGUUAAACUUACUUGUAUUUAAUAAUAAUUAUAAUAAAUUACAAUCAUAAUCAUAGUUCUAAAUGGUAUAAUUGUGUGGAACUUUUACCAUUUAAAAUAAUGGUGGUGUGGCCGGGAUUAGGCUUAUCAUUAUAAUCACCAUUACUCACACCCCCUAAAAUCACAAUUUGAUUUUUGUUUUUGUUUUAUUUUUCGAAAUUCAUCCAUGGCACAUGCAUACAAAAAAUCUUGUUUUUUUUAAAUUCACAAUGAAUUAUUGUUAAAAUUUACAUUAAAAAAAUUAUCUUUGUCUCACAUAAAUGUCAUUUAUCUUUUUUCCUCCUCUCGUAUAAUGAUAAAUUGUAUUUUUUGACUGUUCUACAAUAGAAAAUAAUUAUAAAAAUGAUAAAACAUUAUGAAUUACCAAAAAUUUAUAUAACAGAAAAAAAUCCACCACAAAGUGCAGAUGAUUUAUUAUUAAGAUUAAAAAAAAUAUAUGAAUUGUUUUUUGUUAGAGAUAUGAAAAAUGAGAAGAAAGAAAACACAAUUAUUUAAUUAUUAUAUUUUAUAAGGCAAAAGCUAUAUUCUAAAUGCUUAUAAUAUUAUUAUUGAUUUGUUGCUUUUGGUUGUUGUUUUUAUUGUUUUUAUGUUAGGCCAAUGCUUAAAAUGAUUAUAUUAUGAACAAAAAAAUUGGACUUAAAAUGAUUUUAAAAAUCAAUCUUUUUGAAAAAAAAAAAAUUAUUAAACAAAAAACAAAUACAUAACAAAAUAAAUUGCAUUUCUUUCUUUAUUUUGAUAUUUCUUAGUAAAAAAAAAUGUAUAGAAUGUAUGUCCACUUGUAUGUACAAUCAAGAAAUUUUAUUUUUUAGAAAAAGAAAAUUACAAGUAGUUUCUAUGUAGUAAUGUGCGAAAUAUUUUUCAUUUCGCUAGGGCGGGAGGGUGAUUUUGUCUUGUUAUUCAGGGAAUAUAAUUUUAUUUUAUUUUUAUUAAAAAAUAGGUUCAUAAAAAAAAAACUAAUAACAAAAAAAUAUUGAAACUAUAUUUGUGAGAAUUAUUAAAAUUUAAAUGGAAUGGAGGGAUAUAAUGUACACACCUACGUAUGAUUAUUUUUUUAAUAGUAAUUAUAUAAUAAUUAUGAUAAUGUAUAGUAAUUUCUUUUUACCUGUAUAAAUAAGUUACUAUGUAUCUUUAAAACAAAAAAAAAAACCUAAUUCUAAAUGAAAUAAGAAGUAAAGGAAGCAAAUAUAUU